GUGACUGACUUUGUUUGCUGACGAUUAGGUGCUUGACUCUGAGGGUGUGGGUCCGAAUCCCGGAUGACACUUAACCCAACAAAAGUACUAGAAUCUGUACUGUACUGAGAAAGUGUAGUCCCAAAUGUAACAUAUGUUAUAUGUGUUUGUUUCAGUUGCUGCUAUUGCCGGCGGCGUGGGUGCUGGGCUGUUGAUGCUGCUUGUAGUCGUCGCUGUGGCAACAUUAUGUUACCGAAGAGUUUCAAGUGUGCCCGAAAACAUCACAGGAAAUGAACUGCAAGGAAGAGAAGAAAGUUCUUCAGAAGAAGCGAAUGGGCAACCGGUGUCUAUAACAUCACCUGUAGAUAACGACAUCGUUUCAGCAAUCACUGACCUGUCCACGCACAGUCCAACAAACCAUAGGGCAAGCAGUGGUUCCUACACCUUCACCAACUACACCUUCACCAACGACCAUCUGGGCUGUGAAACUCAGAAUAGGUCGCUCAGUGACAACUACAAUACUGUAACAUUCCAGUCAGCUGUUCAUCCAUCUCAACGUUCUGAUCCCCAUAUACCCACUGGAGAGAAACACGAUCACCACAGUUACGACUAUCUGCGUAGAACACGUCCGGGUUUCACGUCAGACGUAGACGGUGACACUUUGCCACCAUUAUACAAUGAGUCCCAUGUAUGUCAGAUCGAGAGUAGUGAUAUUUACAACCAUCUGCGUAGAGCAAGUCAGCCUCCUCAGUCAAGUGUCGACUAUGACACGAUGGCUUCAGUGGCUAAGUUUGUUGAUGACAUGCAAUCCGUGUACAGCUAUGACCGCCUGAAAACUGUGACGGGACCAUCUGGGGUCUAACGCAUAGCAAUUUCGACGUUGCACAUCACUGGGAUUAAUUUUCAGUGCGAUAGCUGUUGAGAUAGGAGUCCAAAGAACCAACCACCAAUCCGUUUUGUCUUUGUACGACAACCAUUCGCUGCUGAAGACCGGUCACAACCCUCAGUCCCCACCGCGAUCAAGAUUAACAACCCUUAUAUCAAUCAAAGAAAAGAGAAAUGAUGACGCUUCUUACCCCGAGUUUGCCACGUGUGUUAUGAAUCGUUCAGCCCACACGUUUAGAAUUCGACCUAUUUGGAUUUUGUCUGGAUUAAUAUUUUGCCAGGACCAUCCAUAUAAUUCGUAUAAUAUUGUUGAAUAUCACAUGAAAGACAUGGCUGCCAGAACACACAUUGUCGUCGAAGCUUUAUUAUUUAGUAACCGAUACAUUUUUGUCGCUUUAUGUCAUUAUUAGCAAUGAACUAUAAGUUCAAGUCUUUGCAUAUGUUGAGUGUUAUAAUCAUGUACUGUAUUAACAUUCUGAAACCUGCUCAGCUCGAGGUCUUAUUUGCCAGGAAAAAGAAAGUAUGUAGAACUUCGAUGGUGGCUAAAACUGAAGAAAAC